GACUUUCUUCUCUGGUUCAAGCUUGUUCUGGCGCCAUCGCCUUCCAGUCUGGUUCCUGCUCCUCUCAAGAAAAAAAAGCAGGAAAAACGAAAAAAGAAAAAUAUUAAAUUAAAUUAGGUGGGCGCAAGAGGUAAUUCAGAAGAAGAAAAAAGAAAAAAAGGAAAAUUACCAGAAACUUAAAUUAAAGAGGCAAAGACCAAAACGAGGCCAUUACCAGAACGGACACAGCUCUAAAACCUCUAAAAACCCAUCGCGCAGCCAAUAUGUCAGAUGAGCACAUCGCCCGUCAGACAGCGUCAAGCCUCGAUAGGCUUGAGAAUUUCAACUUCUUACUCUCCCGACACGAUCCUGCCCUGGCAAAGAGUCGACAUUACUCUUUCGACGCAGACUCAGCCGGUUUGGCUCCUUUUCAGAACCUCAGUAUGGAUUACGAUCAGACCGAGGGAAUGGGCGGUAUUUCCGUCAGUUCCUACGAUAGCAUCGAGGAUGAACGGAAUCCGAUCGAUGUGAGAGGGUAUCCCUAUCAUGCAGCUGAUAAACACAUCAACUACUCCCUCCCCGACCAAAUGAUCUCAUAUCCAGCUCACCCGAUCUACCCUCCAAUCUCUUAUGGACCUGAUGAUCUGGGUCAUGCCCCGGGGGCUCUAACUCCCUCCGACGUCUCAUCAUCCAUAUCACCCCCGAAUGGUCAACUCGGCAACACCAAGUACAGCACGCAGAUCCCUGGUGAUCACCUCGCUUCUGCACUUUCGCAAGAAGAGCAUGUUCGUCGUGCUGCCGAAGAAGACCGGCGGCGGCGAAACACCGCGGCUAGCGCCCGGUUUCGCAUGAAAAAGAAGCAGCGUGAACAGACGCUAGAACGGACAGUGCGAGAAACGACUGAAAAGAACGCUACUCUCGAGGCCCGCGUGGCCCAGCUGGAGAUGGAAAAUCGAUGGCUGAAGAAUCUCUUGACUGAGAAACACGAAGCGACGAGUAGUCGCAUGCCACCACCACCGGAAGACAGCACAGCCUUGAACCAAAAAGGCAAUAGUGGCGGAAACGGCCAAAAACACAUCCAGCCAAAAAAGAAGGGUGUGGGCACCGAUAACUAGAGACUAAAACGAAGAAGUCUUGUUUUCCUGUUGCCUUGUGUAUCUUCAGUUUUUCCUUCUGUCCCUCUCCUUCCCCUCCUCCCUUCUGAUAUUACUACAUGCUCAUGUUUUAGGCGUUAGUUCUAGCUUCUCUUUUUCGCAUCUGUCUUCAUAUCCUCUAUCUUUGUCUGGGCUGGUUAUCCGUCCCAUCCGUCCUAUGAUGGAGGCAAUUGACGAUGUAAUGACCUUUGAUCAUUUGUGUUUUGCUUUGU